AUGUUACGAAUAAAAUAUCUCCAAUUGGAAAUAUUAAAGGACAAUGGAAUUACAGGAGAAGUACACUAUGUAACAACAGAAGACGGUUACAUAUUGACAAAUUAUAGAAUAAAUGGAGGUGAAAAUUCAACACCAGUUGUUCUAGGCACCGGAAUAACAUUCACUGGAUCCAGUUGGUUAAUGCGAGGACGAAAUGAUUCUAUCGCCUACCUACUUGCUGACCAAGGGUACGAUGUUUGGCUCGUAAAUAAUCGUGGAACUGAUGAUGGCAUGAAACAUGUUAAUUUAACAUCAGAUGAUUCAAAAUUUUGGGAUUUCACUUUUCAUGAGAUGGGAAUUUAUGAUAUGCCAGCAGUAAUUGAAUAUAUAACAAAAUUAACAAAACAAAAAUUAUUUUAUAUUGGUUAUUCACAAAGUUCGACUUUCGGAUUUAUCAUGGCUUCUAAACGUCUUGAUAUUGCCAAAAAAAUACGUUUGAUGAUACACCUUGCUCCAAUUGCUUAUGUUACUCAUAUUAAAGGAGCACUUGGCUUGUUUCAUACACCUUUAUAUUAUAUUAUCCAGGAUAUUUGGAAUUCUUUUUUUGCUGGAGCUUCAAGAGGUAGUCCAUUAAAGAGUAUCAUUCAUCAUUAUCAAAAUCUUAUGUCUGGAAAAUUUCGUCAAUUCAAUUAUGGUGAAAAAGAAAAUAUGAAAAUUUACAAUUCAACAUCUCCACCAGAUUAUAAUUUAACAGCAAUCGAUGUACCAACAGUAUUCUUCGCCGCAAAAAAUGAUUGGUUGGCAGAUUUCGAUGAUGCAAAAAAAGUUUACAAUAUGCUAGCCAAUGGAAAAGGUUUUAAUGUUGUAAAUUAUGAAUCAUUUGCACACCUUGAUUAUGUUUGGGCCAAGGAUAUUAAAAAAUUAAUAAACGAUCCAAUAAUCAAUUUAUUAAAU